UCGUCGCGGUCAAUUCGCCGCGGUGCCCGGGAAAUGCCUCCAUUCGGCCGCUGUCUUGAUUCGCGAGGGCCCAAACAGGAGCGAGCGGCUCUCUCCAAAUUUACUUCUCGGCUCCGUUUUCGCUGUUAAUUUAAACAACGACAACAAUAACAACAACACCCCGACCCGUGCCUCGAUUAAAGCGGUCGCGACGCACGUCUCAAGGCGGCGGCGGCAAGUGGGCAGACUUGGCGGCGCGGUUGAUGAUUUGUAGCGCGGUGAAAAAAAAAAAUCGUCGUCCGCCUUGUUGACGUCUUCGUUGCAAGAGCGUCGCCCUUUUAAACAUCUCACGGGCGGGGGUCGCUCACGAUGACCGGGUUCAAGGAUAUCGAUGAUGUACUUAAACGCAACUCUUCCCGUGACGGUCACCUCGACGCCUCCUCGCCUCAGCCACAGGAGGGGUCAUUUGUGCUGCUCACAGAAGACCAGACAGACGGAGGAUUUCUCAUCCAUCACUUCCUUUCCUCCUACAUAAAAGAUGGCUGGAAAGUGUGUUUCAUUGCGAUGGCUCAAUCUUUCCACCACUACGCGACAGUCGCGCAAAAACUGGGUGUGAACUUGGGCUUGGCGCGGCGCGACGGGCAGCUCGUGGUGCUGGAGGGGCUCACCGCGCUACGGGACCUCACCCUCGACCGAGCAGGGGAGCGUGCCGAGCCGGCUUUCCCCUGCAGUGUCCUGCGCCCAGAUUCUGAAAGCCUGCGGGAUCUCUACACCUCCGUUAAGCACUGCCUGUCGUCUUCGGAGCCCGGGUCCCCGGUUCAACGUCCGGUCCUCAUUGUGGACAGCGUGAACUCGCUCUCCGCCCUGGGCUUCUCCGUGCCGGCCACGCUCGCAUUCCUCCACUACUGCCGCGUGCUGCUCAACCACACACUGCACGGCGAUGUGGUGGUGCUUCUCUCGGCGGACUCGGACGUGGACGACGCCGAUGGAGUCACGCUGCACCGCUCCGUCGCGCACCAAGCCCACACGGAGCUGUGCGCCCAGGCCCUGCCCAGCGGAGCCGCGCGCGACGUCGAUGGCCUGCUGACAGUGUGGACACGCUUUCCGGACCAGGCCCUGCCCCGCGCCUCUACUAGGAGCCGCUACCGUUACAAACUUCACGAGCGAGGACUCACCCUGUCGCCUGCACUCGAUUCGUGACGACCGCAGUGGAAAAAGCAGCAGCAGCCGUGGUGGUGGCACCGUGGCGGUUGUCGUGUGGGCGGGGUGACGUCUUGUUAUGAAGCCACGUCCUGCUGAUGAUUAUCGUCAAAGACUAUACUACCACCUUGGAUUUAUUGUUUUUUCUGCAGAACUCUCUGAUGUUUUCAGGGUGUAGCACGUGUUUUUCAGCAUGGCGCCCUGCGUUUCGAUCCUGCAGAAGCUCCCAAAAUGUGGAGCGCAACGUCGGACAUCAUGUCACACAACACUCCAAAGAUUCAUCAAACAGCAGUUAUAGCUUAAUUUCAGCCAGAAAAUCACGUUCAGUAAACUUCUCACAAUACUAUCUACAUUGUUCUUUAAUCUUCACUACCUAUGUUAUUAUCACCAUCACUCUCAUCAUUACUACUAUAACUAUCAUUCCCAUCAUCAAGUUCACUAACAUCACCAUUACUAUAUUCACCAUCACUAUGUCCACUGUCACCACUAUCGCUAUGAAAUCCACCACCAUUAUUAUCACGAUCACGAGCAUUACCUGCUAUAUCAAAACUUUUUUCACUUAACACAGAUUUUUGUCGGCAGUAUCACGAUUCACAUUUGACAUGUGGGUUUGACCAUGUUAUGAUCUCCAAAUAUGUGUUGUGUUGUGAAACCCUUCACCAACCAAACAAUAAAAAUUUUCACAUGUA